UCAUGGGCUAAAGACUCGCCUCGCUCACUCUCUCACCCCACCCAUCUCUCUCUCUCUCUCUCUCUCUCUCUGCAAUGUACAAUAAUCCUUCUAGCUCUUGAUCUAUCUCUGCUCAGUCAUCUUUUAUUCUUUCUUCUUCCUUGAGCAAUUCACAAAGUGGGUUUUGCUGCUGCUUAUUAUUAUUUAUGCAGUGCGUCUUAUCCCCUGUCCUCUCUGUCUUUCUCACAAGCGAACUUAUUCAAGUUGUUUGUUUGUUUGUUUUGGGUCAAAUAUUACAUAAAACGCUUUACAAAUUUUAUAGCCAUCAACCUCGCAAUACUCUACAAGCAUGAUUCCUUCAUCAUCUGCAGCCAAAAACCCGAUCACAACAAUAUUUCCUAGAAAACCAAAAUUAUGUUUAGCUCCUCCAAAGUUAUCCCACUUCCACUUGAGAUCAAUUCAAUGCUCUUUUCAAAAUGAAAAUCUCAAUACAAUCAACAAACUUGAAAAACCCAGAACCCAUGUAUUUGGCAUAAUAAACCCAAGUCUAGUUUUUCCCCAGAAAGGCAAUACAAGCAGAAGCAGGGGAUAUGAGGAGAAGAGAGGUUCUGCCCAAUUGGGUAACCAACAGUUGACUGUAUUAUGGUUUGGUUAUUGGAUGCAGGGUUUUAGGUGCUUUCCAUGGUUGGCUCUCAACUUCCACAUGGCCCACAAUCUCAACCUGCUUCCAUCAAUAUUGCAGCUUGUGCAGCACUCUGCUAACUUUCCCAUGGUGGCCAAGCCUUUCUAUGGAGUCCUCUCUGAUGCUAUAUGCAUUGGUGGUGCUCACAGAAUACCUUAUAUCCUCAUUGGGGUCUUGUUGCAGGUCCUAUCUUGGGGGCCAUUGGGAUUGAUCCCACUUGCACGCAAAGCCCAUCCUACCUUUCUGGCUUGCAUUCUUCUUGGUAAUCUUGGCGCAUCCAUAACAGAAGUUGCUAAGGAUGCUCUUGUUGCAGAGUAUGGCCAAAAACACAAAAAGAGAGGCCUCCAGUCCUAUGCAUUUAUGGCUUCAGCUGUGGGUGGAAUCCUUGGAAACUUACUCGGUGGUUGCUUCUUAUUAAAAAUGCCACCAAAAAACAUGUUUCUCAUAUUUGCCUAUCUAUUAUCUGCUCAACUUGCAAUUUCAUCAACAGCUAGAGAGGAGUCUCUUGGUUUAUCACAACUAUCACAUCACAAUCUUGCAAAGAAAUCAAUCUGGGAAAAUAUAAGAAAGCAGUCAAGUGAUCUUAAAAUGGCAUUACAUGAGGACACCAUCUCCUGUCCUCUUAUUUGGGUCGUAGGUUCCAUUGCCAUAGUCCCCGCUCUCUCAGGUUCCAUCUUUUGCUAUCAAAUGCAAUGCCUACAUCUUGAUUCUUCAGUUAUAGGAAUGUCACGAGUAAUUGGCCAGUUGAUGCUUCUUUCUAUGACCAUACUCUAUGACUGUUACUGGAAAGAAGUGCCCAUGAGGAAAUUGAUAGGUGCGGUGCAGUCCCUGUAUGCUGCUUAUCUUCUUCUUGACUUUGUUCUAGUGAGACAGAUCAAUCUUAGACUGGGGAUUCCCAAUGAGGUAUUUGUUUGUUGUUUUUCGGGUUUAGCAGAAACUCUUGCACAAUUUAAGCUUCUUCCCUUUUCAGUAUUACUGGCAAGUUUAUGUCCCAAGGGUUGUGAAGGUUCCCUCACUUCUCUCUUGGCAUCAGCAUUGUGUUUGUCAUCAAUUUUUGGUGGGUUUUUGGGUGUUGGCCUAGCUUCCUUUAUGGGAAUAACACCUGGUAAUUACUCAAACCUGCCUGUCGGAAUUUUGAUACAAUUUGUUGCAGCGUUAGUGCCUUUGGGAUGGAUUCAGCACAUACCCUCCAAACCAAUUGUUGAGAAAGAAAGAAAGAGAAGUGUAAGUAAAAGAAGUCGAAAAAACAGAAGGAUUGGAAGAGUGGUGUUAGGUUCCGUUUAUGUUUACCGGCGAGAAAGGGAAUCUGAAACACAGAGAUAAGGCC